UGCUGACGCGUCCCUCUCUCCUUCCUCUCUCGCUCACCGACGUGUCAGUCCCCUUCUGUCCGCCUCGGAGCAGCUCGCAGACCGGCCUCUGUCAGAAGAAAAAUGCCCCCCAAAGGCAGCAGCAAGCAGCAGUCCGAGGAGGACCUCCUCCUGCAGGACUUCAGCAGGAACCUGUCGGCCAAGUCGACGGCUUUGUUUUACGGCAAUGCCCUCAUCGUCUCCGCCAUCCCCAUCUGGUUGUUUUGGAGGAUCUGGCACAUGGACCUUGUCCAGUCUGCGGUGUUGUACGCUGUAAUGACUCUGGUCAGCACAUACCUGGUGGCUUUUGCCUACAAGAACGUCAAGUUUGUCCUCAAACACAAAGUCGCCCAGAAACGGGAGGAUGCCGUUUCCAAGGAGGUAACCAGGAAGCUGUCUGAGGCUGACAACCGCAAGAUGUCUCGGAAAGAGAAGGAUGAGAGAAUCCUGUGGAAGAAGAACGAGGUCGCCGACUAUGAAGCCACCACCUUCUCCAUCUUUUACAACAACACUCUCUUCCUGGUGCUCGUCAUCGUCGCUUCCUUCUUCUUGCUCAAGAACUUCAACCCCACUGUCAACUACAUCCUGUCCAUCAGUGCCUCCUCAGGACUCAUUGCUCUGCUUUCCACCGGCUCCAAGUGAACCAAGACGAAAAGUGCACAGGAAGCUGGAGGGAUGACGUUUGAUGGGGUGGGAUUGGCUGUGGAGGGAGGGUAAAAAGGACCCAGGAAAUAAUUUUUUUUUUUACAGGUUAGGCAUGUGGUCUGAGUCGGGAUUCAGAAUACCGUGUUUGACUUUCAUGAAAUCGUUUUUUUGUAACAAAUAAAGCAGCCAGCUGUA